AUCAAAUCCCAACUCACAUCGACGACAGUGGCCAUGUCUGCAAUCAGAGGAGCAGAAUCAGAAGACAGAGCAAAGGACCUCGCCUCCAGUUUAUAUGAGCAGCUAAAUUGGAAAUCCCCUGCCUGGUUUUCAAGUUUUCAGCAUGAGGAUCAAGUGAAGGCUCGAACCAGUCCAAAGCUCCAUAUCCUGGGGAUGCUCUGGCAGCAAGGCAAUGAGGAGACUGACUUGAUUGUGGUAAGUCUGAGAUACCAGUGUAAGUCUCCAUCUGUCUUCUGCACAUUCACAGCUUCCUCACUCUCACUGGACCACAUUUGACCAGGAGGAGCAGGAGAAGAGAAGGAGCUGCUGGAUGGUGAUGUGCUGGGAAAGACGCUGAGUGAGUGACGACAGAAGAGAAACGCCCGCCUGGUAUGACCUGACAAGCACCCAGGGUGAGUUAUUAUAAGACAGGUGGGAACACACAGCUCAGACAGCCCUCAUCCCUCUAGGUCUGGACAAGAACAGGCCAUGGUCAACCACAGCUUCCCAGUGGACUUCCUCCUUCUGGGCUUCUCUGAACACCCAGGGCUUGAAAGAAUCCUCUUCGUGGUUGUCUCGAUCUCUUACCUCCUGACGGUGGGCAACACACUCAUCAUCCUGCUGUCCAUGCUGGACCCCAGGCUCCACUCCCCAAGGUACUUCUUCCUCUCCAACCUCUCCUUCCUGGACCUCUGCUUCACCACAAGCUGUGUCCCACAGAUGCUGGUCCACCUCUGGGGCCCAAGGAAGACCAUCAGCUUCCUUGGCUGCUCUGUCCAGCUCUUCAUCUUCCUGUUCCUGGGGACCACAGAGUGUGUCCUCCUGACCGUGAUGGCCUUUGACCGCUAUGUGGCUGUCUGCCAGCCCCUCCACUAUGCCACCAUCAUCCACCCCCGCCUGUGCUGGCAGCUGGCGGCCAUGGCCUGGAUAAUGGGUCUGGUCCAAUCCGUAGUCCAGACACCACCAACCCUCUGCCUGCCCUUCUGCCCACAUCGGCAGAUAGAUGACUUUGUGUGUGAGGUCCCUUCUCUAAUUCAACUGUCCUGUGGAGACACCACCUACAAUGAAAUCCAGUUAGCUGUGUCCAGUUUCAUCUUCCUGGUCAUGCCACUUACCCUCAUCCUUAUCUCUUACGGUGCCGUUGCCCGGGCAGUGCUGAGGAUUAACUCGGCCGUAGCAUGGAGGAAGGCUCUGGGGACCUGCUCUUCCCAUCUCAUUGUGAUCACCCUCUUCUACAGUUUAGUCAUUGCUGUCUACUUCCAGCCCAAAAAUCCCUAUGCCCAGAAGAGAGGCAAGUUCUUUGGUCUCUUCUAUGCAGUGGGCACUCCUUUACUUAAUCCCCUCAUAUACAGCCUGAGGAACAAGGAGGUAAAGGGGGCACUCAGGAGGUUGCUGGGGAAAGACAAGGACUCCAGGGAGAACUAAAGGUAAGCUGCUUGAUGUGCUUUCAUUGAGAGGAUAUUCUUUAUUCUUUUUUUGGACAAGUUUGACUUCUCUAGUCUACAGCCUUCCCUAUACCUAUCCAAGCCGCUAUGGUGGGUCACAGUGUAUGUGUGUGUGUGUGCGCAUGUGUGUGUGUGUCUGUGUGUGUGUGUGUGUUACAGGAGACAUGUAUGUUGGAAAGGGAAACAGAGUUUUUAAAAAAAAAAGAAUAGAGAGAACUUCAAAGAGCUUUGGUAUGAGUGAAAACAAGGAGAGGUUUGGGGUCUACAUGUAGGCAGGAGUAAGCAUCAUGAUGCUUAGGCCUUCCCUGAUGGCAGGCCUUCCCUGGGACCGCGCCCCCCCCCUCUCCCCCGGCCAUGCACUUUUCCCAUACUUUCCAGAACGAAGAGAACAGCCCCUGAAUGCAGGGGACAGGGCCUGGAGGAAGCAUGCAGCCUGGAGGACAGGUAGACAAGAGCUGUUCUCCCAGGACUCUAAGUGUUCAGGGCCCCACCAGCCUGUCCUCCAGACGACACUUGCACCCAUCAGCUGAUGCCACUUGGCCUGCAGGCUUCUGCAGGGUUGCCAGGGUCUCAACAGUUGAGCAAAGCAAAGACUAAACCCCUGAGGUCUCAACUCCCAGGCAGAAUAUAUUAAUCAUGUCUUUCAUUUGUUAUAUCCUGAUGCUUUGACAGAAAACAUCUGUUUCUGCUUUAUUGACUAUGACAAAGCCUUUGAUCACAAUAAAGUGUGGAAUAUUCUGAAAGAGAUGGAAAUACCAGACC